AUGGCAGACUGGGACAAUAUUCCUGCCGCAGGCCGUGGCAAGCCUGGUGCCUAUGGGCGCGGCGCGCCCCCCCGUGCGGCCUUGGGUCGUGGUGGCAAACCAGGCAUGGGUGGAGGCAAACCAGGCAUGGGCGGAGGUAAACCGAGCCGGCCCGGCGGCAAGCCCAUGCCCGGCGGCAAGCCUUCCUUCGCCCCAGCCCCUAACAGUGGCAGCGCAGUCGGUGGUGGAAAGCCCUCGUACGGUGGAGGCAAACCGGCCCCACCUCUGCGCGCUACCUCCGGCGGCAAGCCCGCAUACCCCAGCAGUGGGGGCAAACCCGGUUAUGGUGGAGGUAAGCCCACACCAUCUGCGCGCCCUGUCGGUGGUGGGAAACCCGCACCGGCAGGAAAGCCCAUGCCAGGCGGGAAGCCUAUGUCCCGUGGCAAGCCCAUGAGCGGUGUGCCCAGCAAUGGCGGUCCUGCUCGACCAACGGGUGGGGGUAAGCCUACGGCCGGGCGUGGCAAACCGGGCGUGGGCAUGGCUGGGGGUGGCAAGCCCGUUGGAGGCAGCACCAUCCCCUCGGCGGUACGCACAGGGAAGCCCCAGUAUGCUCGGAUGCAGGCCGGUGUGCCACCAGCCGCCCGCUCUGGAAAGCCUGGCCCUGCUGCCACCCCGCACGUCGGUCCGGGCAAACGCAUGCCCUUUGCAAACCCGCCCCCUCAGCCGCGCGUGCAAGCCUCUGUGAACAAUGAUGAGGAUGAGGAUGAUUCCGUUGACGCCGGUGCUCUCAAACGCGAUCUCUCCGUGCAUGCUUACAAACGCCCCAAGCUGAAUCAACCGAGCUCCUCGUCCGGCAGCCUAGGUGCAGCGCCAGCUCCCUCAUCCACAGCAGCGGACGCCUAUGCUCGCCAUCCCGUGGAACGUCAACAUGCCACCUAUGUGCCGCCACCGACCGCGCCCGAGCCAGUAGCAUCGACGGCGGCAGCGACUACAUCAACGACUCCUCCAACCGCCGCAGCGGCUCAAACAGCCGCAAGGCCCGCUGCCACAGCCACAUCCAAGUCAGAGGGACCACCAGAGACCAGCGACAUCGAACUCAUUGUUGGCGUUAGCUAUCGUGGUCCCAUUCAAGACAGGCCGCUGCCGCUGCCCCAGCGGACAUCUGAGACCGCCAAACUGUCCAACAAAACGGCUGCCUUGAUGAUUCAGAAGUACUAUUGCCCACCCGAAGCCAACAUCUCAGCUGCGAUCAAGCCCAGACUUGAUAAACUAUUCCGUUUCCUCAGUGCUUUGGAACGCCGGGCAGCCUCCGCGGGCAGUGAGGCUAGCAAUGAUAUGCGCUUGCGCCUCUUUGAUACUUUUAUUUUUCACUCUGUUAGUCCAAAACAGCUGAUCGACUAUGCCGUUGCAAUGGGUUACGCCCCACACGAGAAGCGAGAGGAGUUUACCCAUACCCUGACCAACUUUAUUCCUCAGCUCUCGCCCAAGGCAACCAGCAAGCCCAAGGCCGCUGACUCCUCGGCGGCGCGCACGAGUCCCCAACGACCUGCCCCGGCUACCGGAUCGGGUGCCAAGCGCCCAUCUAAAGAUCAAAGGCCACCCGCGAAAAAGGCCAAAUCUGCUGCCAGUGAUGGUGCUACCACCCCAGCUGCUUCGGCUUUGACCAACGCUCCUGUUGCCACGCCUCCAGUACACAAGGCAGAGACUAAGAAGGCGCCCAUCCCUGAACCGACCCGAACGUACGCCCCCAACAAGGCCGAGGCACUGUCCAGGAAGUCACAGGCAGACGCAUACACGGGAGCCAAACAGCUGAAUACCACCGGCCAACAAAGCCCCGCUGCUGCGAGCACCCACGCAUUGGCCCGACUUUGUGAGAUGAAAACGUCGGCCGCAUCAGCCUCGGCGGUGAUUGCAGAUGAAGUGUACAUCAUGAUCAGUGCCGCUACCGAGGCACAGCCAACGUCGGCGCCCAGCAAGCUCAACAACGUGUUUGCCAACUUGAAUCAAGCCAACAAGCGUCGGGACCGAAACAAAAAGAAGACCAGCGCCACAAGUGCGGCUGUUCCCAAGGUAUGCGCGGUGUACGGCUUCCACCCCCGCUUCCCCCGCUUCCCCCGCUUCCCCCGCUUGCUGCCAUGA